CUUGUGCACUGGACAUACAAAGAAGGAGAGCUGGAUGAAGAGCACUGGGCAAAGCACUUUGCAGACUGUGCUGGCAAGCACCAAUCUCCAGUUGACAUCCAGAGGAAAAAAGUGAGGUACAACCCCCAGUUGGAGCUGCAGUUGAGUGGUUAUGACGGGCCUUUGCAGGGGAAUUUCACCAUGACCAACAACGGUCACUCUGUUCAGAUAGAUUUGCCACCUACCAUGCACAUCUCCAGAGGGCUCCCAGGUCUCUACACGGCUGUACAGAUGCAUCUGCACUGGGGUGGCCUGGACCUGGAGACCAGCGGCUCCGAACACACCGUAGACGGGAUGAGAUACUUCGCAGAGCUGCACAUUGUCCAUUACAACUCAGCCGACUACUCCAGCUUUGAAGAAGCCAAAGACAAGCCAAAUGGAUUGGCUGUGCUCGCCUUCCUGUAUGUGGAUGGGCACUUCGAGAACACCUACUACAGUGAAUUCAUUUCCAAACUUGCAAAAAUCAGGUUUGCAGGUCAAUCUACAAAGCUUAUUUCUCUGGAUGUCCAAGCCAUGCUGCCAGAAAACCUCUCACACUUCUACAGGUACCAGGGCUCACUAACGACCCCUCCUUGCUCCGAGAGUGUGAUCUGGACCAUCUUUCAUUCUCCAAUUGUCCUGUCACACACACAGAUCAGCCUCCUGGAGAACACCUUGCUGGACUGGCAAAACAGGACGCUGCGCAACGACUACCGGCACGCCCAGCCCCUCAACGGGCGGGUGGUGGAGUCCUCCUUCAGAGCCAAACUCACACAAGAACAAUGCCAUCCAGAAGAAUUCCACCUCAGACUGGAAGAAAUCCAGGUGCAGCUCCAAGACAUGAGGCGGGAGUUGCUGAAUGGACUGAGGCACACAGGUAAGAAACACACACCUAUUCCUGAGUCCAGCUUACCUUGCGAGGAUGACGAGCCCAUGGAUUUGGGCCAAAACCUAAUGGCUGGCUUUUUGCUUAUUUCAGGUAUUCAGUCUAGCACUUUUCCAGCUUUCUACUUCCCUGUGGAAAACAUCGAGAGCUUUGUGAAUGUCCAUCCCCUCCAUGAUAUGUCUCUCCAAGCCUUCACCUUAUGUUUCUGGACAAAAGCCCAGCACGCUGGCAGUCAGACUGUUCUUUCCUACUCCACACAGGAGAGGGAUAACGAGCUGGUGAUGACCGUGGGCACAGAUGUGGGAUUGUGGAUCGGAGGCCAUUUCAUCAGCUUCCCCCUGCAGCACGAGGCACAAGAUUGGCUGCACUACUGCAUGGCAUGGGCCUCCCAGUCUGGAAUGGCAAAUUUAUGGCUUAAUGGAGCAGCUGGUAAAGCAAAGAGUAUCCAGAAGGGGUAUGUGAGCCAGAGUGGAGGGACGCUGGUGCUUGGGAAAGAUAGGGACACUCUUCUCGGGACGUUCUCCAACGGCUUUGCAGGGUGGAUGACUCAGGUGAACCUGUGGAGCCAAGUUCUCAGUCCUGCAGAUGUUCGGGCACUUGCACUGUGCAAACAAGGGCAACUGAAGGGAGAUAUCAUAGCGUGGGGAGAAACCUCCAUGACCCUCUUGGGAGGGGUGGUUCUGGAGUCUGACACCAGCUGCCAGUGA